GGUCGCUAGAUGGCAGUGAGAAGUAUUGUAAUUGCGGGUUGGGGGUUGUAAUUGCGCAUGUCCGGAAAUCACCAAACAAACAUGGCAGCGCGCUACAUAGGAGUGACGAGGACAGCGUUAAAAGGUGUAGAGCCUGACGUUACACGCCGUUCGUUUAUCGGUCAUUUCCCGACGUCGUGUAACAGUGCCCGGUUGCUGCAUGUUUGCCCCGCGGUCUUCCAGGUGAGCUCCGAAACGGGAAGUCAGAGCAGCCAGAGAACAGUCGGGAAGGAGGAUCCUGAAGAGCCGCAGUAUUACUCCAAGAAGAAGGCCAUGAAUCCUAUGGUCAAGGUCGGCUAUGCCUGGAUGAUCGGUCUCCCCUCAGGAAUCAUCGGGUUCCUCUUAGCCAAGAGACAAGUAGAUAAAAACCGACUGAAGCAGCUGAAGGUUCGACAGAGGAUGAGAGCGUCCGGUGAGGGGGAACACGAAAGCAGUCGCUACAGCCGCCAUGCAGCAGAUGUCGGUCUAAACCGAUAAGUGUUCACGCAAGGAUUUAGCGCCCUCUAGCGGCAGGUGCUGACUGGAGUUGCUCAGAACGACAAAUAACAGCAGGUAUCAAUGUCUGUUUUACACACGUUUUUAUUUGUGACUAAUCAGGAGAUAAGUAUUUAUAUGGGAAAAAAAAUAUGCCAGUUUUUUAUAUAUGGUUAUCAAAACUCAAUAUCAUAUUUAGCAUAAUAUGUCCCCUUUUGUAAAUUGAUUGAUACUGGACUUUGACAUUAAAUGUCCCCUUUAAGAUUACAGCACAUAUUGAUUUGGCAUGAGGCUGACACUGAUACGUGAUUUAAUUUAAUUACAUACGCGUUGCAGUUUUGACACCAAAACUACUUAUGCUUUGUGUAAACCUCCUGCUGCAACCCUUCAAUUUGCAGAAGAAGAAGAAAAUCAAAAAAAAAAAAAAAA